CUAAUUUUAUUAUUUUCGGACAAAUUCACGGACAGAAAAUCCGACCGUUGUUUGAGUUAAUCUUCUUCUUGUCCGAAACAGAAAUCACAUUCCCAAAAAGCUUCUAGGAGUUUUUUUUUUUUUUUGCUUUCUCUUAGCUCAAACACAAACCAUAGAGAGAAACAGUUAAUCUUGUCCUCUCUUUGCAACGCCGAUGUUGAGCGAUUAUGGUAUAACGGAGGAAGACAUGGUAAUCGAGGAAGCUCAGGGCUACCCGAUAGCUUACGCAAAGAUCUGUCGCGACUUCGAUUCUUCUCCGUACAAAAAUGGCCCUCCUUUCACCUUCAUGCCGUAUACUCUGCAACACAACGAGAACUCAAGAUGCAGAGAAGUAGAUAAGAUGUUCCCUGUAAUUGAUCCGAAAGCAAGACCAACAACGAAACCUAAGAUCUUCUUAAGUCUCCUAUGGAAACAACUUAAUCAUCUAGGCAAUGCCGGGUUUGAUCCGGCUGUUAUUCGGAUUGAUCCGUAUGGGAAUGUUCUCUACUUCCACGCUGACUCAGCUUCUCCUCUCGCUUGGGGCUUUGAUCAUUGGUUCCCUCUCUCAAGAGGAGGUUUAACAGUACCAAGCAACUUAAGGAUAGUGCAAUGGCAAGCACGCAAGAACAAAAAGGACAAAAUUGAGUUCUUAGUACCAUGGUGGGAUCUUCAAGUUGGCAUUUCAGUGAAUCAGUUUCUGUCUAUUUUUGCUGCUUCGAGUUCUGAUUUCAAGAGGAGAGCGUUUUCGUUCUUGUUCAAAGAAGGCGAAAGCGAGGAACUUAACGGCUCGCAAACCGUUGACUCGCAUCGUUUCCCUCAGCAUUUUGUUGAAUCAAAAGAGAAGUUUGGACUUGCUUCAGCUGCAGUUGUUGUUUCUAAAAGAGAUCCUUAUGACCCUUCACUAGUGUUGAGGUCUCUCGAUUACAAUCGUCAAACGCAUGCAAGGAAGAUGAGAGUGGGUGCAAUGAAAGAGAAUGAGACUCCAGACUUAAUGAAGAAUCCUUAUCAAGCCAUUGUUGCUGCUAGGGACUCACUGAGACACCGAGAGGAAGCUCAGAAUAUGAGAGUUGAGAUGAAGAAGUUAGAUGAGGAAAUGAAUGACUUGAAAAGAAAGAACAGCGAAGAGCAGCUUACUAUACAGGAGCUGGAGAGUGAGCUGAUUAAGCGGAGAAGAAGAGCUGAAAAGGGCAGGCGAUUGGCAGAAGCUCAAUGCUCGUAUAGGAAUACACUCGAGAAAAUGAUCCGCGAUGCUAUGCACCAGAGUGUUGUGUAUAAGGAACAAGUGAGGUUAAACCAGGCUGCAAGUAGUGCGCUUAUGGCGAGGUUAGAGGCGCAGAAGGCGAUUUGUGAUGGUUCGGAGAAAGAGCUUCACAAGAAGUUUAAAGAGAGAGAGGAGCUGGAGAAUCAAGUGAGGCCUGAACUGGAGAAAGCAAGGAAAAGAUCAAGACUUUUGCUGAGUAAUGAAGAUGAACUGCUGCUAGAAGAUAGAGACAAGAAGUUGUCUUUGUACCUUCCUGGAACAAGUGAAGACAAGUCUUUAAACAAGGAGUUAGCAACUUCUGAGGCUGAAACUCAGAAGCAUGGGGAGAUAGAAGAGGUGGAAGAGGAGCAGAAGAUUCCAGAAGUGUCUGAGAAGUCUCUGGUUCAAUUAGAAGAGAAGAGCAGAAGCUUCAGAGCAGUUCCUGUUUUGAAGGAACAAGAGAGUGAAGAAGAUGAGGAAAGCAGGAGAGAGCGAGGGAAAGGAAACGUUGAGAAAUGGCUCCACAUAUUACUCGAGAACAACGUCAAAAUCACCAAUCCACAGGAUCUUCAAGCUGAAAGAAGCAAAAAGAUCGAUGAACUGAUAGAGCAACUGGAUCACAAGUUCCCUCUACUUGACAAGGUUAGUGAAGAUGUGUUGGACUUGCAGUUGCUGCAGGCUGUGGAGGCAAACAACAACAACACAAACAAGGUGGAAACAAGAGCUGAAAGCUCACGUAGAAGCAGAACGAGUUUUGAUUGGAAGAACACACCAGAGAAGAGCGGGAGAGACAAAGUGGUGAAGAGAUCAGAGAGUGCUAGAGCUUUCAGAAGGAUCCCAUCAUCUCCUUCACUCAUCUUUGGAAUGAAAAAGGGGAAUAUGAAGAAGCCAGUGGUUUCAGGUCAUGACGAUGAGGAUGAAUAUCUUGUUAAGAACAACUUCAUCAAGUCAUCUCUUCAAACAAUCAAAAGAGCUGUCAAAUUCUAGACCCCAUUUAUCAUUACAUGCAUUGUGUUAGAGUUUGAUGAUUGAUUCAUUGUUUGUGUACAAAUAGACUUCCUCUGUGUGUAAUAACAGCUUGUUGUGUUGUUUUCCCUGAUACCAGUGCUGUCUUAAAUUAUUUAUAGACCAUGUUCAAAAAAAUAUUUAAUGGUA